UGUUCUAGGGCUCCUCCCAAGACUGGAGCUUCAGAGCUGGAGGUCAUCUCCCAGCAGGUGGAGGAGGACAACCAGUGUGUGGCUCCAGUCCAGCUUGUCGGCUUAGCCUAUAGAGACCUGCCGUUAGCAGCUCUGGACAUAUCCCUCGCUGGAUCCCAGCUCAUCUCCAACCCAGAUGAGGAGGACAACAGAGAUGGGUCCAACUGGCUGAAGCCGUGCUGCGGGCGACGGGCGGCGCUCUGGCAGGUCUGCCUGCUGUCGGCGGGCUUCAACUGUUUCCUGGUGGCCUCCGUCAUCCUUGUGGUGGUGCUGCUGAUCGUGGAGCUGCUCGUAGACACCAAGCUGUUGCAGUUUAAUAAUGCAUUCCAGUUUGCCAGCAUCAUCCACUGGAUCAGCCUGGCUAUCCUCUCCGUGUUCUUCACCGAGACAGUGUUCAGGAUCGUGGUGUUAGGAAUAUGGGAUUACAUAGAGAACAAAGUAGAGGUUUUUGACGGAGCUGUCAUAGUUCUGUCUCUGGCCCCCAUGGUGGCCUCCACCGUGGCCAACGGCCCCAGCAGCCCCUGGGAUGCAAUCGGUCUCAUCAUCACAUUACGACUAUGGAGGAUCAAGAGGAUCAUUGAUGCCUAUGUUCUGCAGGUGAAGGUGAAAAUGGAGCUGGAGAUCCAGCAGUAUGAGAAGGCUAAGGUGAUGAGGGAGGAACAGCUUGAUCGUCUUACCCAGAUCUGCCAAGAACAAGCUUUUGAGAUCAGACAGCUGAGGGCCCACCUGGCCCAGCAGGAUCUGGAUCUGGUAGCAGAACGAGAAGCAGCCAUGCAGAUCCACCACAUGUGGGGAAAACAGAGCAGCAGUUUUCAGGAGGUGGACGGGCUCGCCCCUGGGGCCUCCGAGCAUCACAGAGUCGCCAAAGUCAGAGAGGGUCUGGCAGACCAUCACGGCCAAGAUGACAUGAAUAACUACAUCAGUCAGUACUACAGUGAGCCGAGCAGCGACAUGGGGAUCCCUGACCCGGCCCGUGUCAUCACCACAGCAGCCAUAGACGUGCAUCUGCCCAACAACCCCAGCCAGCUUCCCUCCACCUUGGUGAGCGCGGAAGCGGCAGCGUCCGGCUGUCUGCAGCGCACCGGCAGCUCGGUCAGCGAAGCCACCACAGUGUCCCGCAGCAGCUUCAGCACCCGUCAGCACAGCAUCAGCAGCCACACGUUCGGCUCCAGCGUAGACUGCAGCUCCACCGUGCGCGAGGCCUCCACGUCCACGAACUACAGCGACCAGCGCUGCUACCCUCCACCUUACAGCAGCCCGCUGGCUUUGGGCUCUCAGCCACGAGGGAGUCCCAGCACGGUGGUGCAGGAGCUCCUCUCCUCACUCUCAGAGGACUCUUGUCUCGCCCAGAAGGGUUUGGACCCAGUCAACCUCAAGCCUCCCAGCCCAACAGGUUUCACAAAAAACAGUCCAGAACUGGAGCGCAAGGUCAACAUUUACAACAAGAGGAACCAGGAGAGCAGGAUCGGGUUCCACACAAAAACAGUCAUCCAUCUGCAGGGUAACGAGCCUCUCCUGGAGGAGAAGUACAGGAUGGUGGGGCCAGUAGAGACUUCAGUCCACCGCCUGUCGGAGACAUAAACCUCCACAGGAAACCAUCCCAGGACCUGCUCCUCAGCUCAGAUGCAAAAAUAUUACAAACCUAACCUCUCGUGAUGUUCGAAGUCGGACUACUUUGGUUAUCUUCUUCAUAUCACUCAAACUGAUGAAGAGACAAACUGAAGAUAAAAUAACUGAGUCAUCAGGUGACACUUUUCAGGAAUUAACACAAAAACACUUUCAUACUUUUCCUAAAACAAACCAGCAAUGUGGCCAAGCCUGAUAUUUUCUAAUGGCUCAUGCAGAAAAUCAGGCGUUUCAUACCUUGACGUUUUCUAGAAAAUAUAUUGGGGGGAGGGGCAUUGUGGAAACUCUCCCAAUUUAUCAUGACAUCACCAGAAAACGAGCCUGUAACCAGUCAUUACAGAUCACAGCAACAAAAAGUCCUCAGUGAUGGACCACUUCAGGGUGCAUUGAAUUUAUUUCAACUUAUAUUUUGAUUGAUGGUUUUUUUUUAUUAUUUUAAGUCUCAGUUGGAAAAAAAAAGGUGAAAGUUUAAGAUUUUUUAUUAUUCUCUGUGCCAUGACUGAAAGUUAGGAAAAUACUGAAUCUGUUGUUCACAACCCUCAUGGACUAAAUUAAUUAAAAAAAAAAAAAAACUUCACUGCAGACUGCAAAUUUAUGAUUUCAGAUGAAAAAAAAAAAAAUCAAUGUUCUCAAGGUUUAAAAGUUGUAUUAAAAAUGUAAGAAUAGCUCCUGAGAGAUAUGACAGAAAAAUGUUACUGCUGAAAAUAAAAUGAUAGCAUGACCCUUUCAGAUGUGCGCCAUGUUAGAAACAGUUGGACGUGUCCACAGCCUCUGAUCACCGAGGAGCAACGCUGCAAAAUGAACUCAAUAAAAAAUGAAAACAUG